UGUGCGCCUCACUCGCUGAUCUAUGUGCUGCGCGUUCGGGUGGCUUGUGGGAAAUGUAGUUCUUCUGUAACCCCGCUGACCGCAGGUUGUCCUGGCCAUGGCUUCAGCGGGGAACCUGGAGGCUUCGGAACGCGGUCACCAGCGGCCCUUCCUGAUCGGUGUGAGCGGGGGCACCGCCAGCGGCAAGUCCACAGUAUGUGAGAAGAUCAUGGAGCUCCUGGGGCAGAAUGAGGUGGAUCACAGACAGAGGAAAGUCGUUAUUUUGAGCCAGGACCGGUUCUACAAGGUACUUACCCCCGAGCAGAAAGCCAGAGCCCUCAAAGGACAGUACAACUUUGAUCACCCUGACGCUUUUGAUAACGAAUUGAUGUACCGGACGCUUACCUGCAUAUUAGAAGGGCAAAUAGUGGACGUUCCUACAUAUGACUUUGUCACUCAUUCAAGAUUGUCAGAGACUACAACAGUGUAUCCGGCCGACGUCUUGCUGUUCGAGGGGAUUUUGGUGUUCUAUAACCAAGAAAUAAGGGACAUGUUUCAGUUGAAGUUGUUUGUGGACACGGACUCUGACGUCAGGCUGUCCCGCAGGGUUCUGCGGGACAUGAAGCGGGGGAGAGACCUGGAGCAGAUUCUCACGCAGUACACCACCUUUGUCAAGCCAGCAUUCGAGGAGUUCUCACUCCCGACUAAAAAGUAUGCAGACGUCAUCAUUCCACGUGGAGUGGAUAAUAUGGUCGCCAUUAACCUGAUUGUGCAGCACAUCCAGGACAUUCUGAACGGAGACAUUUGUAAGUGGCAGCGAGGGUCUGUGAAUGGACGAUCGCAGAAGAGGGCCUUGUCGGGACAGGGGGAAUCCGGAGGCGUGCUGCUGCCUGGCAAACGCACUCACCUGGAGUCCAGCAGUAGGCCACAUUGAGCUGGUUCUGGGUCUAUCAAUUACCUUUCCUCCCACAUGGAGCCAUUGUUCACUGCCAGCGUUGGCAAGACCUGACUUCUUACUGUAUGUCUGUUGCAGCUACGAGGUAUUAGAAGCUGGCUAGGGGAGAGUGGGUUACAGUCCAUAUGCUAAUUCCAUAAAGCAUCUACUUUUUUUAUUUUUUAUUAUUAUUAUUUCUUGUUAUACCAAUCCUGUAAAAAUCCUUUUAUUUUUACACGUUGAGUACAGAAGAUAAUAGAAGGAAAAGGGCUUAUUUAUGAUAGUGUGGGACAUCGAUCCCAAACAUUGAGAGAAUUUACCUCUGAAUGUAGAAUCAUGUCACCCAAAACUAGCAGAUUUUUUAAUCCUACAGAAUAUUGGUCAACUAUUAGUUUAAACAAUGACUACAGUUAUUCUGUAUCUCAGGAAUCGGAUCCAUCUACACCCGCUUGCACUGUGUCUGGGUGCUGGGAAUGGGGUUUUGUUUUCUUUUAACUCCACCUAAGAAUAAAGCGACUGUUUUUUUUUUAGGUUUAGAACAGAGGAUUAUAAAAUAGCCCUAUAGGAAGAAGGGGAUAGGCCAAUACCUAUACAGAGUGAUUGUAACGCAGGAUCUCAUAGGGUGCCUGAGAGAGUACAGGAAAUAUGCAGCAGCAAUGUGCGUGUAACUCAGACACGCAUAGCUCAUGUAUGUGAGUUACACAUAAUUCCCAGAUCUCAGAGAGAGGGAUUUUUUUUCCUACAGAGCAACAGUUGCCCUGGGGUUUGGCUAAAUAAGCUUUAUACGUGUAGAGACUGUUUUGUGUAACAUCAAGACUGCAAAUAGAGAACAUAAUCUAUAUUAUGCUCAUCCUUUAAAUCUAAAUAGAAUUAUUGAAAGCGAAAUAGAAUUAUUUAGAAAUAAUAAACUUGAUUAUAUGGGAGGGUGACCACGGUCUUUCAUGUUGACGUGUCCAUUUGUUCUUCCACUUAAACGAUAGUGAUAUUAUAGCCCUUUUAGACCCCCUGAGGCGGGUCGCACCAGGGUGCCUGAUACAAGAGCAUAUUGCCGGGUUGUUGAUGUCAGCGAUGAUGCGGCGCUUGGAGAUCACAUGAUCUCCAAGCACCGCCUGUCCACACACAGUGAACGGGAAAUGGGUCGCAUCGACCCGGCUCCCGUUCACACCGCAGAGCGAGCCGGGUUGAACACAAGUUCAACCCUGCUCGCUACCCGAGUUGGAAUACCGGGUCGCUCGACCUGGUAUAUCAACCCUGGCACCUGUCAGACCGCACAUGAACACGGGUUAUGCGCAUUCAUGUGCCAAUAACCUGUGUUCAUAGCUGGCGGUCUGAAAGGGGUAUUAUUAAAUGUUUGAGCUAAAAUGACUGAAUGCUGCCAUUUAUUAUUGGAAAAUCUGCUUAAUUCCUCUUUUUUAUAAAUGUCUUUUAUGGAGAUGGUCCUGUAAGUACAGUAGAAACAGCAGUCCCUACAGGCUGACCAUAUUCUCUGACGUGUACGCGGCUUUUCCAGUAAUAUCCGGUGUAGAGUUCAGUUGCGUUACAUUUGGGUUAUGUGAAGAUGAAACCUUUUUGAAGGUUGUUUUUUUAUUUUAAGUGGAGACUCUAGAGCAGGCGUUCCCAACCUCGCUCCUCGAGGCACACUAACAGUGCAGCUCUUAGUAAUAUCCAGGCUUCAUACACAUGGUUAAGUCAGAAUAAUUGAGGUACUCAUUAGUCACCUGUGCUCAAGCCUGGAUUUCACUAAAACCUGGACUGUUAGUGUGCCUUGAGGACGGAGGUUGGGAAAGUCUGCUCUAGACAGAGAGUGAGGCAGAAAGCGAUCUCAUCACCUACACAGAUGGGGGGGGCAGCCAUUGUGGCGGCUGCAGCAUUUUCCAUGGGAAUGCGACAUAUACAUUCCCUAUGAACCAGUGACGGCAAGAGAUGUAAUGCAUAGUGAUGUCACUGGAUCCUUGUGAGAUGAAACAUUGGCUCAGCACCCUAUGGUGGGCGCUCUGGGUGUCGGCUAUGGGUGCUCUGUGAGAAGUCUGCUGUUAUAGACCUGCUGGCAUGGUUAGGAAAGAAAGUGAUGGGAGAUUAUAUGCAUUUAUCUUCCUAGUAGUCUUUCCCUGUAGCUUUCAGGAGAUGGGUAACAGCUUAAACAUGUGGACUUCUAACUCAAGGCAAGAAGUAAUGCGGACACAUUGGAAUGACUGUAGGUUCUGGCUCUGGUUUGUCCAGUUUACACCAGGGAAUACGCAGAUUACCUGGCAGGGCGCAAUCUUGCGUAUAAGCAAUAGAUUUCAUUCCUGCGUUCCUUGAAGCAAAUAAGAAACGUUGUGAAGGUUGUAGCAGCAUGGCAUUAUGAAGGGGAUAUCCAUUAGCUAUGUAUGGUGUGCUUCCUUUACAUUCACCAUGUGUCUCAUAAAUGCUAUGCAUAGACAGGACCAUACUGGGGGCACCUACAGAGUUGGCUCUAUCUGCAUGAAGGAUGGUGGACUCCUGCCCCAGAGGGCAGGUACCAGGACAGUUUGUUUGGGCCCUCUGUGGUACACUUAAUUAGGCUGAGAUGCGGCUUUAACCGCCAAAAUCAAUCCCAGAGUGCUCUCCUGCAAAUGGCCAUUCCUAUAGCUCCAUAAUGCUUACUUGCCUGGACACUGGUAACGUUUUAACUGUUUUACCUGUCUUGCUUAGAUAUAUAGGGGUAUAUUCAUGAAGCAGUGAAAAGAGCGGAGAAGUGACCCUGUUGAGAAGUUGCCCAUGGCAACCAAUCAACUGCUCCGUAUAAUUGGUAUGCAAAUUAUAAAUGUUACAUCAAUGCUGAUUGGUUGCCAUGGAAAACUUUUCCACUGGCUCACUUCUCCACACUUUUCACUGCUUCAUGAAUAGACCCCAUAAUAUGGGCAGAGCGGCUUGAAUGAAGAUAGUACUCUGAAGUACUUUAUUACUUAGCAGCACUGGUGGUGUAGGACACAUGCUCCACUCCUGCUGUAUAUAUUUCAAUUCACUUUAAACAGUAAUUGUGUUUUAUGUCAGCACUUUACUUUACUUUAGCUGAGGCUUGAAUAGCUUGUGGCUUUUCAGCUAAAAUAGCCCAGGACAUGCUGGGACUUGUGGUCUUACAAUAGCUAGAAUGCCACAGGUUUCACAAAUCUGCUUUAGUCAAAAUGUUCUGUAUUUCAUAUGACUGAACCUGAGUCUCGUCUCAUCUGCACUUUUCUGUCUAUCAAGUAGAUCUGCCACUAGAUUUCACGAUGAACAUUUCAGACUGUUUCCAUAGUUGUUGCUCUAUACAUGUAGUGGAUUCCUAUUAAAUUACAUAAUCCGGUGGUUAUCAAGUCCAUGCAUCAAGUAACCCCAACAAGACAUGUAUUCAGAAUUUCUGUCUGUGGGAUAAUUAUUGACUCCGCAAAAUAAAUCAACUCCUCUAUGCAUGAUUAAAGAAAUCCAGAAAACAAGACCUGUUGGGGGUACUUGGAAUACUGCCUACACUGCAGGGAUUCACGUAAUAGAGCUAGUAACACAUUUCAGUAGACCAACAAUAGUUGUGCAUAGACUGAACCUGUUGUCUCAGUAUAAAUAUGUUUCACUGCAUCCUAUCAGGAUAAUAAAUUGUGUUGGUCAACCAGAACAAGCAGCUUCUCAGUAUCCAAGGCUAUGAGCUCAUAAGACAUUUCUUUGUAAAGACUGUUAUAUUCUUGUAUCUGUGUUUGAAAUAUUUUAUAUUGGUAGAAAUGUUGAUAAAGCAGGGAUCCUUUCCAGUAGGAUUCAGACCUCCGUACGAAACAGUAUUCUGAUCCUUUUCUGUUUACAGAGCUUGUAUAAUGCAUUUAUAUGUCUGCUACAUCGCACUUCCAUCAUUUUCAUUAAAUUGGAAAAACAUACUACAAAAAAAAGUGUUGUU